AUGGCAGCAUCCAGCUCUCCUUCCAAAAGCCUCUUCCCCAUCCCUUCAGGCUCCACAGCCAAGGUAUCCAUCAUUGACACCACCUCGCGCAUAGGGCGGAUCCCCGUGUCUUACCUGAUGGAACCACCACUGGAAGAGUUCGAAACCAUGCCCGACCUACCGUCGUGGUCGUUUCUUGUUGAAUCCAGCACCACGGGGAAAAAGGCGCUGUUCGACCUGGGCGUGCCGCCGGAUUGGGAGAACCAUUUCGCGCCUGCCGUGGUCGAGGCGUUGAAGCCCCGAGGGUGGGAUAUCUAUGCUGAGAAGCAUACGAGCCAGGUGCUGGAGGAGAACGGGGUGGAUCUGAAGGGGAUCGGGAGUAUUGUCUGGAGUCACUGGCAUUGGGAUCACCUGGGCGAUCCGUCCACGUUCCCUCCCUCGACGGAAGUGGUGGUAGGUCCCGGUUUCAAGGAGGCUUUUAUGCCCGGUCAUCCUGGCAAGCCGGACUCUCCUGUGCGCGAGUCUGAUUUCAAAGGGCGAACGCUUCGCGAAGUAACAUUCACCGAGCCCAACACGCUACAGAUCGGCUCCUUCCGCGCGCACGACUUCUUCGGCGACGGAUCCUUUUACUUGCUGGACACACCGGGCCACGCGAUCGGCCACGUCUGCGGCCUGGCGCGCACAACCUCACACCCAGAAGAGACAUUCAUCUUCAUGGGCGGCGACCUGUGCCACCACGGCGGCGAGAUCCGUCCGUCCAGCUACAUGCCGCUCCCACAACAAAUCCACCUGCAUUCCCAUCCCAUGACGAGAGCGAUGCAUUCGCCCUGCCCCGGUGCCCUCUUCGAGGCCAUCCAAACGAAACGCGGGCGUUCACCCACCAAGCCCUUUUUUGAUCCGGCCAUGGGCCUCGACAUCCCCCAGGCGAUCGAGACGAUCGAGAAGGCGCAGAAGGCCGACGGGGACGAGAACGUGCUGUUCAUCUACGCGCACGACGCCACGGCGAGGGGCGUGGCGGAUUUGUUCCCGCAGACGGCGAAUGAUUGGAAGAAACGGGGCUGGCGGGAGAAGAUGUUUUGGGCGUUUCUUGCAGAUUUUGGGGUCAAAUAG